AUGUCUACCCACCGCGCGAAGUUGGACCCAGUCGAAUAUGAGAAAGAGGUAUACCAGAAAGGUCUACAAUACGAAAGACCUCCAUUCACGUUCAAAUCACUGGAUUGGGAGUCUCUUGCGCGAGAACGCAUGUCGGCCGAAAGCGCCGGAUAUGUGAUUGGCAAUGCAGGAACUGGCGAGACAUCUCGCAAGAAUCGCGAAGCAUUCCAGAACUGGUCAAUCAUUCCCAAGCGCCUAGUCAAGACGAAUUCUUUCCCAGAUUUGUCCACGACUGUCCUGGGCCAUAAACUCGAACGUCCAUUUGCGAUGGCACCAGUAGGUGUCAACAAGAUCUUCCAUCCUCUGGGCGAAAUCGCAGCGGCGAAAGCGGCAGCCAAGGAAAACGUUCCCUAUAUUAUGAGCACAGCGAGCAGUACCAGCAUUGAAGACGUUGCGAAAGCAAAUGGAGACGGAACACGGUUUUUCCAACUGUAUUGGCCAGCCUCGGAGCAUGACGAUCUGACAAUUUCCAUUCUCAACCGUGCCAAAAAGGCUGGGUUCUCCGCCUUGGUAGUGACGCUCGAUACAUAUAUGCUGGGGUGGAGGCCUUCAGAUAUGGACAAUGGCUACAACCCAUUUCUCCGUGCCGAUCAGAUCGGAGUAGCAAUCGGAUUUUCAGACCCUGUGUUCCGUGAACACUUCAAGAAAACACACGGUUGUGAGAUUGAGGAAGACGAGCAAACCGCUGCUGCCGAAUGGUCACAGGUAGUCUUUCCACAGUUUAGUCACGGAUGGGAAGAUCUCAAAUUCCUGCAAAAACAUUGGGAUGGUCCAAUUGUACUCAAGGGUAUCCAGACCGUUGCUGAUGCCCAAAAGUGCGUCGAGUUGGGUAUCCAGGGUAUCGUCGUAAGCAACCAUGGAGGAAGACAGGUUGACGGAGGCGUCGCUUCUCUUAAGGUUCUGCCGCGCAUAGUGGAAGCUGUUGGCGAUAAGCUGGAAAUCCUGUUCGACUCGGGAAUCCGGUGUGGAGCGGAUAUCGCCAAGGCACUAGCUUUAGGGGCAAAGUUGUGCCUAGUAGGAAGACCGUAUGUUUUUGGACUGGCAAUGGGUGGAGAGCAAGGUGUUAGCCAUGUCCUGAAGUCAUUGUCAGGAGACCUGGAACUAACACUUCACCUUGCGGGCAUCAUUUCAGUCUCUCCUAAAGACCUGAACAAAGAUGUUCUUGAGAAGGAGAAUUAG